UUCGUGUGGCAGAGAGACGUGUCGUGCGUGUACCAAGAACACAGACUGCCAUUGUUACACGCUGACUGUCAGGUGGUUUGAACGUGUCCAUUCAUAAUUUCGAGUUUCGAAAAAUAAGUCCUUACAUUCGCGUAAAUAUUUGACGGUUUUCACCUUCGGCUUUUAUCUCGUCAUGUUGCCGUCGCGUACGUCAAAUGUUUCAGUCGCGCCGACGUCCGUCGCAGCGGCCCCCGCGAAGGUCCUGCAGGAUAAACCGUCGUCGGAGGGUUCUGGUGCUAAAGAACAGGAAAAUGGCAAAAUUACAUUGGACAAAAGGGAGAUAAAUGAAGCGGUGACUAAAGUUCUGGAAGGGUAUGACUGGUCAUUGGUUCCCAUAGCAUCCAAGGCAGCAUCAGACAAAAAAAAAUUACACGUAAAAAGACCUAUGAACGCAUUUAUGGUGUGGGCACAAGCUGCUAGGAGAAAAUUAGCAGAUCAAUAUCCCCAACUUCAUAAUGCAGAGCUGUCGAAAACUUUAGGAAAAUUGUGGAGGCUCCUCAGUGACGCUGAUAAAAAACCGUUCAUAGAAGAAGCCGAGCGUUUGAGGGUCAUACAUAAGAGAGAACAUCCAGAUUACAAAUACCAACCAAGACGUAGAAAGCAAACCAAGGGGCAUGAGGGUCUCACACAACCUCAUGGACAAAAUGUCACAUUCUCUAGGAAUAUGAAGCAGGAAGAUCCCCCGGGAAGCCCUAGGAGCCACACGUCGACUUCUCCUUCCAGUUGUUCAUCGCAGCCUCAAAGCCCGAACCAAGUCUUCAGAUGUUUAGAACAACACAGCCUAGAUUUCAAUAUCGGCCGAUUGCCUGAGAUAGAAAACAGUUACAUAGCAGAAGAUGGUGUAGAUAGCAGCGAUUUCGAUCAGUAUUUACCUUCAGAGAGUAACAGUCAAUACUCUGGUUACUCCAGUUAUAACAAAGACGAAGAUGAAACGAAUAACAACCAGAAAUGCAAAAGAUUAUGUCUAGACAAUUUCUCAUCGCAGCAUUCGAAUGAGACUUUCGACGACAGUGUUCACACAUCUUACGCAAGAUACCAUGAGCUGCAACCCAGUGGAGUGAAAUCAGAAAGGUUUAUCCCAACAGCUUCCUCAGUCUACAAUUAUCAGAGUGGUAUGCCUUUGACACCCUCAACAACAUACUACAGUAACAAUCAGUAUUUACAAUCUUACCAGUACCUCCCACAACGGUCGGUUUUUGGAAACAGUUCGUUGAGUGGUUUUGGUGUUGAUGGUUCUUCAGACACUUGGAACCACUACUCCAUGUGAAUACAGUGAUACAAGUGCCAAGAAAAACGUUUGCUCUCUUUUAUAAACCGUUACGUACGAGGUUCUUCCGGUGAAAAUUUGAGGCAGCUGUUGGUGGAGUGUGUUACAAAACUUCAGGAUAUUUACAAAGAAAAUCUCUCCAAUUUUAAUUGUUAAAUCUCCAUGUUGAAUCUCGAGAACGAAACCAAUUCUUAUGAUGAGUUAGUUAAUUCGAAUAGAAUGAAAAAACAAAUUUAUAUAUAUUUUAAUAUUCGUGAAACUUUCUUCAAUGUAUCUCAGAAGUUUCCGCAUAUAUUUAUACAUAUUUUUUCCUUCUGGAAGAGUAUCUGUUGAAUACAGACACUUUGUGUUUGUGAUAUUUCUGUUUAUUAGGAAGAUUGUAGAUUUUUUAGAUCAGGUUAGUUCGUAUGAGUUGUUUAACGUGUGAUUGAAUGUUCUAUUCGAAAAUGUACAAAUAGUUUAUGUUAUUGCUGUAAAUUUUGCGUUUGAUUUAGUAAGAUAGUUCUGAUACUGCAUUAGGAUAGGUAUGUUGCAAUUAUGAACAAUUUUAUACUAACAAUAAAUAUUUUUGUAUGGAA